AUGGGUUUCUUCAAUAUCGACUUCCGCUCUCAGCGGUGGGCACUCUUUUACUGCGGUGUGUCAACAUUUGGCGCUCUCUGCUAUGGUUACGAUCAAAUCUAUUACACAGGCCUUCUCGGAAUGAGGCCUUUCAUCAAUGAGUAUGGCACCACGACCGACUCUGACGGCGCAACGGCUCUAACGACCUCCUUUACGUCCCUGACGGCAUCGAUUAUCUACGUCGGUGAACUUCUCGGAGCUCUCUUUGCCGCCCCGAUCAACGAUCACUUCGGCCGGAAGGCUGUCUUCUACUGCGCUUCCCUUUGUAUCAUUGCCGGAGCGGUGGUGCAGCUCGCAUCACAUGGCAUCGAAGGCUUGAUUAUCCUUGGUCGUAUCCUGAUUGGAUUGGGCAUCGGGCAGUUCACGGUCACUUGUCUCCUAUACAUUGGCGAGGUGGCACCGUUGGCGAUUCGUGGCCCUGCGUUGAUGAUGUUUCAAUUCAUGCAGUCAUGCUCUCAGCUUGUUGGCUCCGGAAUUACACAAGGCACAGAAUCGAUCCCAAACAAGAACUCGUAUCUUAUUCCCAUGGGCCUGCUUAUCCUUCUGCCGGGCCUUAUGAUGAUCUGCCUUCCCUUCACUCCAGAGAGCCCUACCUGGUUUGUGAUGAAGGGCAGACAUUCCAAUGCAAAGGCGUCUUUAAGAAAAAUCAAUCGCAGCACCCAAGACUAUGAUCCUACGUACGACCUGCGAGUCCUCGACGAGGCAGUGAAGCGCGAGCAAGAAGCUGCCGCUGAAUCGUCCUGGAUCUCUCUUAUCAAAGACCCAAUAGAGAGACGCAAGCUCAUCUUUUCUUGCGGUGCUAUGGUCGCCCAGCAGAUUAAUGGUAUACAAUUCUUUUACUCGUACGGAGUCAUUUUCGCACAGUCAAUCGGCAUCAAGGAGGCUUUCACGAUCUCUCUGAUUACGAAUGUUUUACAAGUCAUCUCAGUUGCUGUCUCGGUACUCUUCGGCAACAAGAUGUCACGUCGUAUCAACCUUCUUGUCUGCAGUUUUGGAAUCUUCGCUGCUCUUCUCGUUGUGGGCGGUCUUGGAACAAAGCGCAUCUUCUCUUCUGGAAUUGCUGCCGCUAUUGUUGUCUUUUCAUACAUUGUCAUUGUCUGCUUCAAUUUCUCGCUUGGGCCCCUUGCAUUUACUAUUGCCUCCGAAAUGGCAGUGGGUCGAAAUCGGAAUAAAAUCAUGUCCUGCUCGAUCGUCUCGUUCUUCCUGACGGUUUGGGUAAUCGCGUUCACGUCGCCUUACCUAUACUAUUCAGCCAACUUGGGCCCGAUGCUCGGUUUUAUUUAUGCCGGCACGACAUGCAUCACGCUUUCUUACGUCUGGUUCUGUGUCGGCGAGACUACUGGUCGCUCCAAUCUCGAACUGGAGCGCUUCUUCCUCGAGAAAAUCCCGGUCCGACAAUGGAAGAAGCACGUGUUUACUGAUCUUCCAAGUGGUAAAUUGGAGGAAAAGCCAACUGUGACAGACUUAACGACGGAAAAGGGUGCUUUUUCCAACGAGUUGGAAACAGCUUGA